GAGGUGGAGGAGUUGUUGGAAGGCAUUUUGUGGUGGAGAUGAGUUGAAGAUGUUAUGCUGUUGAUGAUGGGAUGGGAGAGGAAGAUGACAGACGGGGCUAUGAGUCUGAUAUAUGGCAAAAGCUCUGGGGAAGGAUAGCCUGAGCUUGUUUCUUAGGAACAAGGAAAGAGCAAACGAGGAUGCCAUGGCUCCGCAGCGACCGCGCCGCAAAAGAGCUUUGAUCACCGGGCGAAACUGGGAAAGAUACAGAUAUCAAUGUCAGGAUGUCAGGAGUAGAGAUGCAUGCCAUGGCGAAUGGCAAGCACAUCUCAAAGAGUUUCCAACCAAGGCUAAUGGAAGUUAUGCUAUAUUAAAAUCAAUACUCAGAGAUGAGUGGUCCUAUCGUGAGUUGUGGUGGGAGUGCUGUGUACCCAAGUUCCAUCUCCUUCUUUAGAUAUAUCUACCUUAGCAAUAUUCGCUAGAGCGACGCUAUUUGGAAAGCCAUGAGUGUUUGCCUCCAAGGAUUCGUUGCCGGAGAGGAGAGUCCGCAGCGUGUUG